GGGACUACAUAAGCAGCGGUGGACUCUGGAUAGCUCAUCCUUCUCUGACCAGGAUGUUCACGAUGAGGACCUUCUCGGCUGUGCUCGUUGGCGUCUGCUUUCCGUGUCUGAUCGGGGCUGUGCUCGGAGAGGACCACGUCACGCCCAAGCGGAUGAAUAGGGAUGUGGAACCAUCUGAAAUUAACUGUAAGUGGACUUCCUGGUCUGAAUGGACAACAUGUGACCCCUGCACCAAAUCACAGCGUCGGUCCCGAGGAGUGGAAGUGUUUGGCCAGUUCAAAGGACAGUCCUGCCAGGGGUCCAUAGGUGAAGACAGGGAAUGCACCCCCGCUGGAGCCUGCAAUCCACCACCUCUCAAACUGUGUUUGGAUAGCGAAUUUCAGUGCGAUUCAGGUUUUUGUGUCAGGAAGGCUCUGGUAUGUAACGGGGACUUUGAUUGUGACGACACGUCAGAUGAGACUUGCGACAAUCCCUUCCGUCCUCCCUGUGGCUUGGUGCCUCUAGAGAACAACGAGCAGGGCAGGACGGCGGGAUAUGGGAUCAACAUCCUUGGAGCAGAUCCUCGCAGCAACCCUUUCAAUAACGAUUUUUUUAACGGGAAAUGCGGGAAAGUGAGGAAUCCCACUUCUGGGAAUUUGGACAGAUUGCCAUGGAAUAUUGCUUCUCUCAACUACGAGACUCGUGCAGAAGACCUUACAUCUCGGGAGAUCUACGAGGACACACACUCCCUGAUCAAUGAAAUCACAAAGGAGACAACGUUUUCUAUCGGAGUAGGUGGGUCUCUGAAAUUCAGCCCUUCGGAGAAAUCCCAAAAGAAGUCAAACACAACGGUGUCAGGAGGCUUGAGUGCUGAUGUGGACUAUUCUAGAAAGAAUCUGCUCAAGGAGAUUUCGGAGUUCACCACAGUCAAGAAAAGGAGCUUCAUACGAGUGAAGGGGAGAGUGGAGUUAAGUAAAUACAGGUUGAUCUCCCAUGACCACCAAGUCACAGAUCGCUUCCUUGAGGAUGUGAUGCGACUUCCUUUAGGGUACGAGAAGGGCAUGUACUUUGCCUUCAUAGAGGUCUAUGGGACUCACUACACUAAGAAUGGAGUUUCGGGCGGAGAGUACGAACUCGUAUACGUUCUGAAUCAAGAUGCCAUCAAGGAGCAAAAAAUUACAGAAAGAGAGGUCCAGGACUGCGUCAAGAUUGGCAUCGGUGCCGACUUUAACACCAACAUCGGAAUCGAGGGAGAAGUCCACAUCAAACCGGAUUACUGCAACAAAGUCAACCCCAAAGAUACAGAAACAAAGGAAGGGAAAGCAGCCGUGGAUAAGGUGUUGACUUUAGUCAGGGGCGGCACCACCGACACCGCAGCCGCCAUGAGGGCCAAGCUCGACAAAGACGGAGUGAUUGACCUGGACACUAUUCGAGAAUGGGCCCGCUCAAUUGCCAACAACCCCGCUCUCCUCAAGAGUGAGCCGGAGCCCAUCUACAACAUCAUUCCUCUCAGUUUUCCUAACGUCAACACGUACAGGACCAACCUGAAGCAGGCCAUAGAAGAUUACGUGGCUGAGUACAACGUCUGCAAGUGCCAGCCCUGUCACAACGGGGGCAGCGUGAUCCUCAUAGACGGCGGUUGCUCGUGCCUGUGCUCCGAGUUCGAAGGAAUGGCAUGCCAGACACUCAAGUCCGAGAAGCGUCGGCCGUCAUCUGUGACUGAGCAGGGGAACUGGGCCUGUUGGUCAGCCUGGUCCAAUUGCAGUGGAGGUAGACGGCAAAGAUCCCGCCUCUGCAAGAAAGGCAACCUCUCUGGCGCGACCUGCAGGGGAAACCCAAGUUCUGACGAUUACUGCUAAACCUGAGUACACAGAAACACGACACUGUUUGGGAUUUUACUUUUUAGACUUUGGACACAUGUAAAGCGUUAUGUUCCUAAAACAACUUCACAUUCCAUACAUCAAAAUGGUGUGCUUUUUGGAGGGAUUCAUCCCUUACUGUGGCUACGAUAGCAUUGCUGUGGUAAAAUGAAAUGAUUUGGAAGUUGGAACUUUUCAUUCGACUGAAAAAGUAUGAAAGAUAGCCACACUGAUGAACCAGUACUUUUCAAUGGGGUCAAGUCCGUUUACCUGAUGUGGAGAAUCCGUAUCUGUCAAGACGUGUCACUGUAUUAGAUAAUGAACUAUACAGUCUUAAUAAAAUAGUAUUUGCCUCCUUUCA